AGCGACAUCAGUUUAAUUGUUUCUCCCGUCGACGAUCACUGUGCGAAAAAAAAACCCACAUAAUGUCUCUGGAUAUUGUCAUUGAAAGAAUUAAGGCACGUGUGGCCGCCGUUGAUCCAAAUGGACCCCGCAAGGUUCUGGGAGUGUUCCAGUUGAACGUCAAGACUGGAAGUGGCGUUGAGAAGUGGAUUGUCGACCUGAAGCAAUUGAAGGUGGAGCAGGGAGCAUCGGCCAGCCCUGAUGUAACCGUUACCGUGACUCUUGAGGAUCUGGUUGCCAUCAGUGGCAAGACGCUGACCGUUGGCGAUGCCCUGAAGCAGGGUAAGAUCGAACUUACCGGAGAUGCCGGUCUGGCUUCCAAGUUGGCCGAAGUGAUCUAAUUUAUGCAAUGUGGCUGAUUGGGUGUGAUGAGUUUGGAUUCUGUGUUGACAAUAAAGUGCAUGGGAUGAGUGUUAUUUUCUAGAAAUACGUGAGUUUCAAUUAUUUUAUUGGCUUGCCAUCUUUGAAACGGAUAUUAUGCAACCAGUGAUUGCUCAUAGGGUGAUUUGAGUUCACAGAUUUAUGAUUAAUUCAUCGAACAGAGGCACCUAGUGAUUGAUAAGUAUUUCAGAAUGAUGUGGAUAUCACUUCUUUCUGAAUUUCUCGUCUAGGGUCAUGAAUGCUUGCUUAUUUCCAGUUAUAUCCACUUUGCCCUGAAAGAAAGUUAAAUUACUCCCAGUUAAAUCAUUCCACAGUUCAAAGUCUAUAAACCGAUGGCUCACACCUCAGUCUAAUCUAGGUGCAUUUAUUAUCUAUAGGCUAAGUCAGUCGGUUAUCACUUGCUGUUGAUAG